AUGUCGCGCGUCAUCAGAGCCAAAGGCUGUUCAGCCAAAGACCUCGACCUACACUCCAAAGAAGCGCUCCGCUGGCCAACCUUCCAAUUCGAGCCCCUUCAAAACGUCCAAGUCCCCAUCGCCAUCUUCCGCUCCUCAAACCCCUUAGGCCUCUGUCUAGCAAUCAAAGAAUGGCUCUUCCAAUCUUUCGACAGUCGCCUUUACGGCCACCCAGACAUGCUGCGGAUGGAAAGCCAGGAGCUAGACACUCUCCAACUCAAAACAGAAGGAGUCUUCAUGCCAGGAGACUCGAAAGUGAGAUGGUAUUAUUCCGCAGUCCCAUACAAAUACCUCCUCCUGCACCUAACCUCAAAAAACCUCCUAACUCUCACCAAAAUCUUGGAACCGGGAACAACUCACCAUUCCCGCCUCUACACAUUCCUCCAAACUUCUUUCUCCCAAGCAACCCACAUCCCCGAAGCCCCAGAUUACCUCAACGCCAUCUCAAUCACAGACUACGCCCCGGAAAUCCAAAACCCGGAAACGGCCCUGGACCGUUUGCUGCGAAUGGAGAGCGUGCAAUCUGGGAAAGAGUACCGCGAUGGGAGUGAGGAUCGAUAUCUUCUGGACUUGGAAGAAGCUGGGGAACGAGAAAUAGCUGCGGUCCUCGGACUCCACUGCGCCGAAUACCUCUUGAUCAAACGAACAUUUUUCAAGGAAUUCUAUACAGAAGUGUAUCGAUCGGCCGAGACGAAGAGGGGAGGGAGAGUUAGGACUGAUCAUGCGCAUCAUCAGUGGUUGGAAGAGGUUUAUGGGUGGAAGAGUACGAAGUCGAGGAGGUUGGUGGCUGCUUGGAAGGAAUUGGGGAUGUUGGAUGAGGAGAGGUUUGGGCCGUGGAUUAAGGCGGGUGGGAUGUUGGGGCAAACGAUGAAGAGGGAGAUGGAGGGUGAGGAUUGA